AUGAAACUUGAGGUUAUGGACAAGCACUUGAGCAUUUUGGCAAAGCAACAUAUUGAGACAUGUUUUGUAAAAAUUAAUACUGAGAAAAGUCCAUUUCUGGCUGAGAAGUUGAAGAUCGUUGUUCUUCCAACCCUUGCUCUGAUCAAGAAUGCAAAAGUAGAUGACCAUGUGGUAGGAUUUGAUGAGCUUGGUGAAAUUGACGAAUUCAGCACAGAGGAAUUGGAAGAUAGAUUGGAAAAAUGUCAAGUCAUCCAUGAAGGUGAAUCAUCCAUAAAUGCUUCAAAAUCUAGUGCACAAACCAGGAGAAGUAUACGACAAAGUACGAGAUCAGACUUAUCAGAUUCAGAAUAA